AUGAUUAGUAUAUCCGGAAUUUUUUCCGUAACAUUCUCUGUGGUCUUGGCCUUUGUCUCCGACGUGACAACGGUUGAGGAUCGGAGUUGGGCCUACGGUUUGGUAAGUUCAGGAUUCAUCAAUUAGUCUUUCAUUUUCGCACGCAUACCACUUUUCGUUGGACUCGUCUUAACGUCUCCAUGUGUAGAAUUCAAUUCAAACACAUAAAAGCCCAGUAUAACUUACUUUGGUUUUCGUCCCCUUCGCCUCGAUAAAGGAUGCACGAUGUUCGUUUGAGGGUGUUUAUUCUCAUGUUAUUUUAAUUGUAUCCCAGUCGUGUACUCGCCUUUUCUGGUUGGGUAUGUCGAGGUCUUACGUCUUGUAGGCUGAACCGUUGUUAUAACCGCCUCCUCAGAACAACUGUUUAUUCAGCAACAUCACUUUUCUAUACUCAAAGAAAGUCCACGUCUUUCUGGGCCCUCUCAUGUCGUCGAGUAGCCCCGAACAUAACUAAGCGGGAAAAAGAGCCUUACCUCCUGCUUAGACUACUGCCAAUACUUUACCCAUUAGUUAUCGUAACUUGCCUUCAGGCCAUUUGUUCUCUACACCUAGCAAAAUAUGGAAGUUUUUAGAAGUUAUGAAACGUUUCCACGCUUCGCACUCCGAGCUACGUUUGUGAUACAGAAGUUUACUUGAGUGUAAAAAUAUCCCACUACAAAAUCAUGACCAUUUUCGUAGCCUCCAACACAACUUGCAAUGCGUACAGUCGCGUCUGGGGGUUCCAUAAGGUAGCGAAAACCAGAACCUUUGGUCUCCGUGUUGCCUCAUUUUAUCCUUUUAUGUCUAUAGUCCUCAAGCGGACAACAACUGCUGCGUGAUGUUUAUGUGGGCAUCCGAGGAAUAUUUCACCGAGUCUCUUUUUAGCAUUUCGUCCCACUUUCGUCAUCACUCACUCCGUCAGCUACGAGUUUCGCUUUGGAAUUAUUUGGCUCAAAAUGUAUCUGUGCUUCUUACGGUCGUGAUCACGUUCGACUCAACAAGCCACGAUAAUGUCGCGGAUUCCAAUUCUUUGAGCAUAACGAUCUGUGUCAGCGAGCCUGGGGACCUCGAUCUGCUCUCUUCUACAGCUAUGGAGACUACCUAUUUAGGAUUCACAAGCUGUCUUCAUGUCUUGACAGAUUACGUUGAACCAGUUUUAAACUGAUCUCAUCGACACCUUCAGAUGGUAGCAACUCUGAACUCAUGGGAUCGGCGACUAAGAAAGCGCCCACACCACUGCUUGGAACAUUCCUGCGGUGUUAGGCCAGUCUUUUUGGACGCUGAGUAUGGUACCAGAGACGAAGUUGUUAUAUUUCACGCGAAGCAUGGCCCUAUUGUCUUCUGCUCACAAAUUCACUUCUAAAACGUGGUUAUCCCAGCAUUAGCUGAUGAACCCACUGAUUUGGCGACCUCAUUUACUCGCUGCACUACCUGCUGUAGGUCAUACAAGCUUUGCGCAAGCAAGGCGAUAUCGUGCGAGUAGUCGAGGUCAAUCAGACGGCGUCAAGGUGCAUAUCUGUUAUCGUCAUAACCGUAUGGAGUUCCUCUGAGAAUUCUGUCAACGCCAUAAUUAAACAGUAUGGACAAGAGACUGCGAAUGGGUGCGAGAGAUUUCUGCUGACCGGAUCUCGUGUAGUGGUGGGGCAACAAAAUGCCUUGAUCGUAUUAACUACUUUUCCGGAAUACCUUCCAGCCCCAUAAUCUGUCACGUGAACUCGCAAUGAACGGGAUUGGACAUUGCGGCGAGACCAGCAGAGCGGACGACCGUCGGUUACAAAUAGGUGUGGCUGUAUUCAAGUAUAGACCGCGGUAUGAAUAUCUGGCCGGUAUAUCCACGUCCUGCUCAGAGCCUGUCUUGUCUGGGUCUCGUCGUGCACACUAAAACCCCCUGAGAAUGAGGACAGCAAAGACCAGCAAGGCAACUGAUGGAGCUUAUGCCUCCUCGUACUUUGUCCUACUUCACUUCCUGAAGACGGUAGCAAGGAUGGCAGGACCCCAGACAUCAUGGACAAAGUCUUCCCCCAAGGGUCGCACAAUCAUUUCAGGAAGCCCGAGUGUCUGCACGUGACAUGUACGCUUCAUCGGGGAUACUGUCCUCUCUGAGGGCCUAUUUACGCAACCUCCAUAUUACGGUCACAGACCGGGAAAGGCCAAAAUUCCACUGCUGAAAGUGAAGAGGGGUGGUACAGUGCGUGACCGAUCUCAUGAAAUGUUGGCCGAGAUUCUGGAAUGCGUUCUCGAUUAGGAAGGAUUACUUAGGUGGGGUUGUAAGACUGAUUAGCAUGCAGCGUAAUCCUAUAGCAUUUUGGACUCGUCAGGAUGUCGACUUUUGGAUGCACUCCUUUUUGACCUGCAGAAACCAUACUUGGUAAAAUGCAACACCCGCAGAAAGUGUAUAUUUAGGUUUCAAGAAAGUUUCCCAAUUCCCGAAUAAUUUUGGGCCUGAUCUGCCCUUGCGUUAGCGUUUAGCGACUGCAGUCUACAAGGUGCAUCCUUUGCGCGUAAGGAAAAUAACAUAUUCCUCUAUGACUUCAAGACAGUGCCAUAUAGAGUUCAUAAAUCCUUGCAGCGGAUGCGGACUACUUUGUACAUUUCAUGAGGAGCAUUGGUAAACGGACAUGUGCGAUCCUGUAUGCAUGGACAUCGCAUGGUCUUAAAAAUCUCAUAAUUGGAAACAUUUUUAAAACCUAGCAGGAAAAUCGCCAUUAACAUCACUCACAAAGUCAUCCAGUGCAAACAGCUUAUCAAUCAAUUGCCAGAAAAAUUAGUCGAGUUUUCGAGUGUCAUCGGAGUGUUUUUACGGUCAUCUUUAGCUGACUUCGUGUCAUUUUCAAGAGCAUACAGGAAAGUUAACCAUUGCGGAACGUCGUGCCAACUGCCAGGGCGGACAGCCCAAAGUUCUGUCACUGAUUUAAUCACUGCAGCGCCGUUUGGCUAAUCAGAUAGUUUUCGCAGCCCUCUCCCAGACUAAGGACUUCGGUGGUCAUUAAGGCCACACAUGUGCUUAGUUGUCGUAGUUUUGCAAACUUUUAGAUGACUUUUACGUGAUAGUUUGGAUGCCGUUGAGAAGUUAGCUUUCAGGCAGCAUUGCUGAGUGAGCCAGAAAAUCUUCUUAGCCGCCGCACGGACUGGGGACUUUAACUUUGCUUCUGCUUUCGUCGACUCGGACUGCAAGUCAAGACUACUCUUAGACCAAAAUGUCAUACAACCGAUCUACUAAAUUUAUUUUCAACAGACUGCUAGUACAUUAGUCGCAGUGGACUACGCUCUUAGCCCAAAAUGUCCACUGCUCGCAGUGGAGCUCCUGUUAAGAAUCCGUUCUGUCAGUAUGGCUUGUUAACUCGUGUCACAUGUGCGGUGGUGGAAGUUUUAAUUUAGGGCGGAAACAGGCAUUAUGUCGUAAUAUUUCCCUGACACGUACACUUUCCAUAGGUGAAGUCGGUCAAGUCGGUGUCCACUCGCGCAUGAAGCUACUAUCGGCCCUCUACUCUCGAGUGUCCAUUCGCCCAACCUGAAAAUAUGUUUAUUUCACAGCGACAUUUCGUUUAUGUCUAUUCCGACUUCCGCCAUACGUGGACGCGCCGGUUGGCUCCAAUUCGGUUAACACAUUGGUUCGGUCUUCUCAUGGUUUUCGUUAGUUUGUUUAUCGGUGUUCGCUCUAGUUGAGGAACACAAAACCCAGUUCCUUGAUCAGUAAAGAAGAACCGAUAUUAUAGUAACCUUUGACGCACGGUUAAGUACCAAGUGGAAGUUGGAGUACCUUGUUAGGCACCACUUACGUCGGUCAACAUCGCAGACUGACUUUCGCGACGUACAGUCUGUGGCAUUAUUACAGACACCUAUAAUCUUGGAAAUUAUUGAGUUAGUUUCUCCAAAAAGGGAGGAUUUCUAUCGAGUUCUGCCCCAGUUUUGCUAGGAAAAUCACAAUUACAGGAUACUUCAACAAUAUGCAAAUGCUUGUAAGCUUGUCGUUGUGUAUACCAAGCAUCUUUGCUCCGCUUUCACACUUGCUCUUGUUUUCCAUUUGCGAUGACAUCUUGGGUAGUUUUCAUCCUAAAAAGAGGGGUGACAACAGAGAACUCUUUCAUUUUGGGUCGGUAAAGUUGGUUGUCCCGCAGGAGCAGUCGCUGCUCUCUCGCAUGUCUGGGCUUCUUUCGUUCUGGAGGUCUUAAAUGUUUGCCACAUGCCGUUUAGACUGAAAGCUUGCUUGAAAUGCUAAGCAUACACCCAACACCACCGAAUUCAUUAUUGUUGGAACAUUCCGUUGUUUAGGGCAUGUCAUUCUCCUCUUGUACGUGUUCACUGCUCAUUCAGCACCACAGGUCUAUUUGGUAGUGACCACCCUUUCAUCUUACUAGACAGUCAUACCCUUCAAGUCGGAUAACCCGCUGCAAAGAGGUGUUGUUCCUAGUAAACCGUCUACCACAGCCGGACCGUUACAUAGAUUUCUGGCGCGUUUUUGUCGUUUUCCGUGCUAACAAAUUGGCAUGUCGAUAAACACAUCCACCUAGUCCCUCCGGUAUGUCGUUCGUAAGCGACAAACUCCGGGGCAGGGUAAUUUUUCUUCAACAAGUUCACUCUUAGUAACAAGUAAAAUGAGACCUGUCCCACAAAUUCCGGUGGUCCUCGUACUGUAAAUUGAAGUCUAUAGCCGGCUGUCCCCGAUGCUACUCAGACGAUUCAUCUUAUCAGCGGUUUCAACAUUGAUCAUUUGCGUAUCUGCAAGUACUUUUGAUGCAGGGGUUUUUGUGUUGUAUGACGCUUUUUCGGGGUCGUUCCUAUUAGUCUCCUGUCACAAAAGUCCUAUACAUUGAUAUGAGAUAUAAUCCGUCGCGUAGUGUCGUUCGAUAUCGUUUAUGCACCACCGUCGUGAUCCCUGUCCGAUUUCACUUCCUCUGGACGUGACAUGGUCGGUUAGGAAUGCACAUUAUUCACCGGACUCCCUUUAUUGGGUGAUUUGUGCUGAAUCCAAACCUCGAACGCGUCGCGGAGAGUAUUGGUUUCGAGGCUUUCAUGCCAACUAGUUCAGUGUGUUCGCUACUGGAACAUGUGACUAAGCUAUUCUCUGCUGACUAUGACAUCAUACACGAGGGUUUUCCGACUACUUUUGUGGAUUCCUACCAAGUACAAGGGUACCCUAGCCUUCACAGAUGUCAUCAAACCAGCGCUUCCUUUGUGUCACGCCAAAGUUCAGUGUCCAUCAUGCCUAACUUUCUUGUCUUAAAAUUUUAUUUGCACUGGUCUAUGUACCCAUCGGUACCGUACAGUCGCAUCCUCGACACCCGUGCACUUUUAAGAACUCAUAUUGUUUACCUUAAGCAACAGAGUGUACUGUCUGUGAGAGUUAUUCGUCAAGGCUAGAAGAAACUUCGUUGACCGUGUCUGACCUCAGCCAGACAGUUAUGCCCCAACCCCAGGUGUCAGUUCACCUGGGUGUCACCUGAGUCAAGUCGGUUAUUUAGCACUUAAGUCAGAUGCUCUGACCACUUAGGUCACCCGGCCUACUGCCUGUUGACUUCUAUCGGUGACGUGCAGUGUGGGACACUGGUGUUAGCCGAAUUAUCCUUGUCGCGGGGCGGGCUACGAGGCGAUUCCGUUUUGUCUAGGAAUGAUUUCAUACUAACAGACAGCUUCCGACUGCCAUCUUCUAGGUCUUCGCUCAAGGUAGACAAGGGUUUCAUAUGUCUCGAACACUGGCUGGGCACAGGGACAAAUCGCUUUCAUGGUUAAGAUAAUCGGAGUGUCCUGCACACUGCCGUCUAGUUACAGUAUAUUGUCCUCGCGCCAUCAUAAUCAUCGUCACCAUCAUCAUCAUCAUCAUCAUCAUCAUCAUCAUCAUCAUCAUCAUCAUCAUCAUCAUCAUCAUCAUCAUCAUCAUCAUCAUCAUCAUCAUCAUCAUCAUCACCAUCGGGAUUUGGUAGUUCAACUAGUCCACCAUCUCAUUUGUAUCGUUUUGCGAAGGUUGUUGAUACGACCAAAUGAGCAUAAAUUUGUUUUCCGCGUUUUCCUCUUGUCUCCUGCAUCGCUUUUCUAUCCCUGUUUCACAUUUUUUGCAGGUUUCGGCAACGUUUGCCGCCAGUCUCAUCAUUUCGCCCGCCCUGGGUGCUUUCCUGGAGAAGGCAUACAGCGAGAACCUCGUCAUUUCGCUGGCCACAGCCAUCGCUCUGCUGGAUAUACUCUUCAUCAUGAUCUGCGUGCCCGAGUCCCUUGGCGUGCGUUCUUCCGGUCAUCUCUCCACCAGCCCUGGUACUACAGCCGGCCCUGGUUCCUCCUCUGGGGCCUCCAGCAGUCUCACGCCCCUCCCGUCUACACCUCCGAAACGGAUAACCUGGGACAAAGUGGAUCCCUUUGGGGUGCGUAAACUGCGCUCAUCAUCCAGUAUAUUUUGGACAAAACGGCUUGUCUUUUCGAACGUUUUAGCUAGUGGACGGGUUAUGUAGCCCUAGGCCGAGCAUUCUGCCGGAAGGAGCGGCUUAAGGACUCACUUGAGCAUCGGUUCUCUCAGACGCAGGGGAGACCCCUUGUUUGACCCCGUCAUGGCCUUGACGAUCGUUGAGAGCCUACGAGACUCCCAACCGAAUGUGACACACGGCCUAUGCGCCCAGUAUUUAUCCAUUCCCUGACGUGUUUAAUCGAUUGUGCCUACCCCUCCCCCCAUCCUUUGACUCUGUCUCCCUACUCGAGAGCGAAGCCCGCAAACUGCACCCCAUCGUCCACCAAGUUACUUUUUUUACUCGAAAACGCCGUCAGGACUAUCACCUUGAACCCAAUUCACGGCUGGCUAGCCGGCGUCGGGGGACUGAUAUCUCUGGCCGCGUGCCUACCUGCGAAACUUCCUUCGGUGGUUCGCUGCCGAUCGAGGCCAUGGAAGUCGAUGACUCAUGAUGUAGUAACCAAGUGACCUGGAUCCGAGCGUCAUAUUGAAUGCCAUCGCAAGUGAAGAAAAACAGGCUCCGUUUGAUUACCCUGAUUACUGACUCACCAGUACGCGCAGAGCAAGCCUGUCUCCUCCCUCCCAUCCUGCUGAGAUUAGGCAAUUUUUUAAAUUUCAGUGAAAAACGACGCUGAGGUCUCAUAACGUGUUUGCGACGCGCAAGCUCUCUUCUCCCAAGCUUUCUCUCUGAAAUUUUAUCUCUCAAAAACAAACUGACCGGUUCUUUUUUUCUCACGCAUUAAGAGAACUGUGGCGCGGUAGGUACGGUUGCGUCUGUCGGGCGGGCAUAGCAUGCGUCUUCAGUGGAUAUAAUGAAGAAAAGAGGCUCAUCGGAAGAGAGGCCCGUCAUACUCUGAAAUCUGUUCGACCCGACCUACCAGUGACACAGUUGUAAGCUCGCGUUUUGCCGAUGUGAAUUCACGCGUCGAUAGUUAAACCCUUAACUAUCAGAGCGUCACGUAGAGCGUGCCGUGCGUGGCACGCGUAGACAUGUGAUUUAUCCAUGUCAGCCGCAGCGCCCAAUCUCAUUGUCGGUCGGCUUGAUCUAGACAGAUUAUCGGUGUAUUGUAGAUGAAAAUUAAACGAAUAAAGUCUGUACCACCAAGUCAUCCUCAUAGUACUUUGUCGUACUCCUCUCUAUAAUAGAUCUGACGCUCUUAAAUCUAUUACUACGUGCUAUCAGUCGGGGAUUGGAAGGUUGCCAUCUAAUGGGGCAAGUCGGUCCCGUUCAGGGCUGAGGAUCAGGCUCCAAUUACUCUUUCGCCGAGUCCUCUCUAUAGAAUCCUGACCAAUGGAGCAUCCGAGACUCCUCCCCUUCAAUCAGGCCUGGCACAUGUGGAGUUAGGGAUCAGGUCGUGGAUGGCACGCCAUAGACGGGCCCCCUAACUUUGUCAGUCACUACACGCACGCCAACCUUUGAUCGUCUUGUCUCCAUCCUGCCACCAGAUGGUGGUGGGCUAAGGUAGAGCGAGUGAAGUAGGCGCAAUGAAAGCCGUAGCCGGGUGCUUUCGGGGACAUUAAUAGCCCUGGUCGCUUGUGACGGUGAAUUUAAAGGGACUCUUUGUCAGCCACUCGCGUGACCACUUCUCAAACCCGUUUCGAUUUCUCAUCUUGCGCUCAGUUUUGCUCUCUCAUCGUUUGCCUGGACCGCUUCCUUUCCUUUCGGCCGCAUCUUUCCCAUGUUUCUUUUUCUGAAUGCUUUUGCCGUUUUCUCGACUGUGAUCGGGAGUGCGAGUGUCUGAAUCCGCAUCUAGUCACCUUACAAUCACUUGAGCGACACGCCACCUCGUGUUGCGCAACUAAUUGGAUCAAGUACACGUCAAACGAAGGCAGCGCUGACAGGUAUUCAUGGGGUUUCGUAAGCGUCAAAAGGGUCCUCUGUGCUCUCAUUGGAGUCUGUUUUUCGUUGAUUCAGUGUGCCUGGAAGGAGCUGCUAAUGAACGGAAUUAUUGUGAUUCAUUGUAGAUAGAACUAUUGUCCUCUCUUGUCCGGUCCUUCCUCACCUGUCUGUUUUGCAUACCGUCUGCCCUCAAACUCGUGUUUUUUUGCAUCUCUGCUUUCCUUGAUUUACUUCGACGCACUGAUGAUGUCUGAUUCGCCUUCUCUACCAGGGUUUUCGACGAAUGUCCAACGACCGCCUGACUCUGAUUGUCUGCAUGACGACUUUCCUCUCCUACCUUCCCGAGACCGGAGAAUACUCCUGCUUCUUCGUCUACCUUCGUCUUGUAGGUGCCUUAAGAUAUUUUGCUAAAAUAAGUCAUUUUUUGAAGGAGACACGAUCACUGGGGCAAGAGCUUUAUUAGCCUGACGUUUCGGAUUCCUGCUCGAAUCCAUCAUCAAGCAGGAAUCCCAAACGUCAGGCUAAUAAAGCUCUUGUCCUGGCGAUCGUAUCUCCUUCCUCAAAGACUACUUCCUGGGACUCGUCUCUUCGCUUCUAUUGGCAAUAAGUCAUUUUAGCCCGUGUGGUCGGCGACGCUCUGGUAACGUAAUUGUUCUGGCAUUUAUAGUCGUAAAUUUACCUUGGACCUAUUGCUGACAGACUUCAUGCCCGGCUGGCUGGGCUCUGUACACUAGUUAAAGUGAGUGAUUCCUUCGCCAAACAGAACAUUCAUCACGGAAGUGUCGACCUGAGCUCCGGCAGUUGCCCUGCGAUCAUCGUAACACCACCAACACCACCAUCACCACCACCACCACCACCACCACCACCACCACCACCACCACCACCACCACCACCUCC